GUCACGUGGUGAUAACCGGAAGCGCUUCUGUCACGUGGCGAUACCCGGAAGCGGCGGGGAGCUGAGGCGCCUGCGGCGAUGAGCGGUGGGGCUGAGGCGACGGCGGCUGAAGCCGAGUCCGAGCGGCGGGUCCGCAUCGUGGUGGAGUAUUGCGAGCCCUGCGGCUUCGAGCCCACCUACCAGGAGCUGGCAAGUGCUGUGAAGGAGGAGUACCCCGACAUCGAAAUCGAGUCCAGGCUGGGGGGCACAGGUGCCUUUGAGAUUGAGAUCAACGGGCAGCUGGUCUUCUCCAAGCUAGAAAACGGAGGCUUUCCCUACGAGAAGGAUCUGAUUGAAGCAAUUCGCAGAGCAAGGAAUGGGGAACCGCUGGAGAAAAUCACCAACAGCCGCCCGCCCUGCGUCAUCCUGUAGCCCCGCGCCCAGCUGGGAUCUCCCAGCGCCCAGCAGCUGGCUCCCAGCUCCCUUGACGUCCUCAAGCUUUGCUCUUUGCUGCCUUCCUUAACUUCCAGAGGAUGGGGGACAUCGGGGGAACUCAAGAGCGUAAGGAGCAUCCUGGGGAAUGCCACCGUGGCACAGGGGAUGAGAGCUGGGAUGAGCGGAGCUGUGAUACUGGUGUCACUGGGACAGCUGUGGCCAUUCUGGCCCGUCCCUUGGUGUUGCGGCGCUGCUGUG